UGUCGGCAGAGGCGCACCUUGUUUUCUAUUACGUGUCCUGUAGAACACGCUCGCGUACUCCUAUAUUCUCCACGAAAAAAGUUGCGAUAGUGGUUUUAAAAAUUUCUACAUAAAUUUUCAAAUAUAAAUUAUAAAACUAUGAAUGUCAGUGCGUUUUGGAUUAUAUGAAACUGCAGUUGGGAAAUGCAUAAUGGAAGUCGAUUUUUGGUAACUGUGUGCAAUGAUUAGUGCUACUUGACGUGUUUAUGAAGACUUGGUUUUUCAACAUGACUGUACUUCUUGUUUUUGGACUUUUUGUUGUGAUAGCCACAGCGCACAACAUUACCAAGUUGGAAGUCCCUCAAUAUGGCGAUCCUCGCGAGGAGGCUCGUCUGGAGUGCCACUACGUUAACGAGAAGGGGGACCCUCCGUUGCACUCCGUCAAGUGGUACCGGGACUAUAACGAGAUUUUCCGGUUUACACCUGACCAGCAGCCCCCAAUUCGAACAUUCAACACGUCUACGGGAGCACCGCCCAGGGGAUCUUGCACGAUGCACAACUGCACGAUCUUAGUGAUUCUGCCCAUGAGAUACAACACGCGUAUCACAUUCACCUGUGAGGUGUCCACUGAAGGACCGAGGUUUGCUGUUGUUAAGCAGACCAAGAACCUGACUGUAGCUGUUGCACUGAAAAAGGAUCCAGUGAUAAUCGGCAUACCAGGCAGCGUACAGCUCGGCGAAGAUGUCACACUCAAUUGCUCAACCCAUUACGCCAUGCCGCCGGCAAACAUUGUAUGGUACAUCGAUGGGAAACCUGAAAAGUUAGAGCCCUGGAUGUCAGAUAACACGGAAGUGUCAGCCCCGGACUACGACGGGCUUCGUGCGAGUUGGAGAUUGCUUCGACUAAAGGUGAAUACAGCACGAGAUUUCAUGUCCCUGCGUUGUGAAGCCACUCAGCCGACGCGACCGCCGUAUGUGAGGUCCACAAGCGCGAACCUCAUCGUGGCGCGGACGCCGCACUUGUCUAUGUUCACAGCUUUAGGUGGCAGUCCACAUGCGGAAGCAACACGACUGAUGUUGGCAAUGUGCGGGUUACUACAUAUAUUUUCUAAAUACAGUGCCUUGAAAGUCUAGUUGAGGUGUGAUUGCAUGCUUAAGAAUGAUUGGGAUGUUUCCACUUUGGUAUAAUAAAAUAAAGUUUUUAAUGUUUCUUUAAUGGUUUCGUUUCUUUUGAGCUCAAGCUGCCAAAAAUUUUGGAAUUGUUCCAUAUUUUGGUAUAUAGUGACGGGUUCUUGUUCAGUAAUGUUGGAGAUUUCAUAAAUUACUGAAUUCCGAAUUCGGACCUAACGUGCUUAUUGAAACGGAAUGUUUGCGUACAUUGCGAACAUUCAAACAAUGAGUAGAUAUUAUCUUAUUACUUAGUCCAAUGGGAAAUGGAAAAACUAAAUAUCCAGUUCGAUAAUUUAGACUGAAUCAAUUCCGAUACGGAAGAAUAAAUACUAGUACAAAAUAGAGUUGAAUUUUAAAGCUUUG